AAGAGAAAUAAUCGAAACACCCACAAAACAAGUCAAACCCGGCAAUAUCCUAGCGGAAGAUUUCUGUGCAUUUAUUUCACCGAUAAGAAGACUCUGGAUGUAAUCAAAGAUUAUAUUCAGCUGCCACAGCGACAGAAGCAGAAGUUUAUAAAACCAGAAACAAAUUUUGUUAUAAUGAGCUGGUCUAGCUCAUCGUCGCCUGCCGGUGCCUCUGAUUCUCACUAUUUCUAUGACGCCUGUAACACAUCUACCAAGUGCUACUUGUCAGCGCCCCUUCACAUAUUCCAAAUAUACUUGGGACAAGACACAUGCAGGGCAUUGGGACCAAUGGAACAAUAUUUAAGCGUGGAUCAAGAGGUAUCAGUACUGAAUAAAAAGUCAUGGAAUUCCAUAAUAGAAAGUGUGGAUAGCCUUAUUACAACGCUCCCGGUGAUGAUCGGGUUCGUACUUUCCCGCAUGCUUUGCGGGCAUCUACCGAGGCUGUCGACGCGCAGAUUCCUUCUGGAGUACAUGCUUGUUGCUAUACCAGCUGUUAUUGUGUUCACGGUUGGAAGUGAUUUCUUUCACAUGUACUCCAUAGUAUCUUUCCUGGCACUCGUAUGGUAUCUCCGUCCACGGCGAGAGCUUGAGUUGAGAAACACGAAGUAUGAGGUGGGAAAGCGCCCUCUGGUCUUCACCCUAUUAAGGGCCAUCUGCAACUGUGGAACGAGUGUUGCUAUCCUGAUGGUGGACUUCCCAGUCUUUCCAGUCCGGUUCCGCAAGAGUCGAACGUUUGGGGCCUCUGCGAUGGACAUGGGCAUUGGCAUUUUUGUAGUCACAAUGGGCUUGGUGUCGCAUCGUGCCCGCAAUUUAACCGAUCUGAAAAAGCUGCCCAGGGCGGUGGUUCCUCUGCUGCUUUUGGGUCUGGGCCGCACCACCGUAAUAUCGAUGAUCAACUAUAACCACGAUGUGCACGAGUAUGGUAUACAUAUGAACGCAUUCUUCAUUCUGGGACUGACCAAACUAUUUGGCAGCCUAUGCAGCCUUCUGGCUAACUCUGAUCUACAGCUUUUAGGACUGGCUAUGGGCAUUCUCUCUAUGCACGAGCUUGUGCUGCAGUUGGGUCUAUGCGACUAUGUGAUGUCGGAUACUGUGCCGCGCCUUGGCUUCCUAAGCUCCAAUCGAGAAGGCCUAAGCUCACUACCCGGCUGCGUUGCCCUUUACCUGUUCAGCAUUUACUUCGGCAAGUGGUACACCUCUCAGGAUCAUCUUACCUACACACAAUUGUGCUCAAAGCUGAAGCGAGUCCUCCUGAUCGCGGUUGUUCUCUGGGUUAUGGUAAUCCUUAGUGCCUUCCUCUCGGGCAUAGCUCGGGUCACAUUCAACUUUGGAUAUGUGAUAUGGAUUUUGUUCAUCUCGGUGGUAAUCAUCCUUAACUGUGCGUUCUUCUUUGAGCUGGCUUUUGUGCAGACGCGGCCCACAUUUGGAGAUUGUCAUAAAGAAACAGCCAAUUCCCUGCCCACCUUUGUGGAGAGCCUAAACAUGAAUGGUCUGAGCUACUUCCUGCUGUCCAACUUCUUCACGGGAAUGGUCAACAUAUUUUUCGACCCCAAUAACCGCUCCAAUUCUGAGUCCGUCCUUAUACUGCUCGCUUAUGUGCUGAUCUGUUCUAUGAUGGUCUUUAUUAUGCAUAAAAAGCGUAUUAGGAUCGCUUAGAAGUCUGUUAA